UGAGAACAGAAUCAUAUCUAUGUUUAUUGUUGUGACUUUUGUUGAAGAAAUUUUAGCAGUACAUACCCUUUUCAGCUGAUGAACGUCAGAUCGUAAGUAUUUUGAAAGGAAUAGAAGAAUACAAUUAAGAGGAAUUGUUAAAAGAGGACAUGGAUGGCCCUCAAGAUGGUGCGAACGUCUCUGACAGUUCAGAGGACAGUCAACGGAAGACUGCUAAGAUUGUGUCACAUAUGGCUUUAGCUCACGAAUUGCUGAUGGAUGAUUCAUUCAAACUUCAGACGGAACUUCCUCAAAACUCGUAAGAUAUUUUAUUCAUUUGGUAACUCUAUUAACAGUACCCCAAGAAAGGGCUUUACUUUUUCAUUUUUUUUACUAUUCAUCACUACAUCGCGAAAUAGCAAGAACGAUAAAGCGCGCGCGUGUUUACUUACUAAGAAAAUUUAAAAUUCGCGAGGAUCCAGAUGUACUUUGUUGGUGAAGACGAAAUCAUGGUAAAGUGUUUCCAUCGAACAAUUCUAUUUUUGCCGAAAGUUUAUCAUCUCAAAGCUCGCGGCUUAUUUACUUUAAUUUCUGAGUUGUUAGUUAUAAUUUUCCCAGCAUUGUAAUUCAUGAAUGUGAAUAUCUGAAAAUAAUUCAUAUUCAACAUUUUAUAAAAAAUUUCUUAAAGAAUAUUUCGCCCUAUAAAAUUGAAGAGCAGUGAUCGGUAGCUACACUGAAGUCCCCUCCUUUUCAAAGAGAAACAUAGAUAAACCGAAGCGAACGUUAGAGGAAGUAAUUUUGUAUUCUGAACACAGUUGACACAUUUUAUGACGGUCUCUCACACGAGAGUAACAUCAUCAUGAUGUGCCGAUUCUCAGGAAAGAGUCUUUUUUGUCCAUGAAAUGUAAAAAAGUUGACGUAGGAAAUCAUUGGCUGAUGGAUAUUCUUGCCUUUUUGAUACCUAAUGAGUAUUUCAGUCAAAAGCAAAAUUACUUAUUUAAUAAAGGGAAGUUUUAUUUUCAAUUAUUUGUGUAAGAGCUUGUAAUUGUUGAUGCUUCUUCCAGGUCUUUGUCACUAGCACUUAUUGAAUAGGAGAAUGUCUAUCCCCCCUUUAUGGAAUGCUAGUGCAGUGCAGGUAAUCUCCAAGCAUUCUUUGGUGUUGCCUUCUAUGUCCCAAGGAAGAGAGAAGCACUGUGAGAGUAAUUAAAAGCAUCAGGCAGAGGAUGAUGUCUUGUUCCAGAAUACAGUGCUCUGACCAUCAGUCCACCAUGCUCCCAUUAAUAGAGAUACCCACCAUCCUUCCAAAUAUAUUUUGAAUGCUUAUUACUAUAUCAGCAGCUACUGGUUCUGUUUGCAGUUACUGUAACUGAUUCUGUUUGAGUGCUUAACCCUUUAAUUCCCAAAAGAAAUUGGGAUGUAACCUCUCCCUAUAACAUCCAUACAUUAUCUAGCAAACAGGUAAUGAGAAUACUCAAACUUUUGAGAAGUUGUCUUGAUCUACAACCAAAUCCUCAUAAAUAGUUAUAAGGAAGUGUGUAGCAGCUAGAGGGGAGAAUUAACAAUCACAUCUUGGGAGUUAAAGGGUUAGCAUUCUAAAGAUGAAUAAUUCAAAACUAUAAUAAUUAUGGUUGUCUCAACAUGCUUCUUUUUUUCUUUCUAGACUUGAAAGACAAGUUAGGGAUGUUGUUCAUAAGGCAUUUUGGGAUAAACUUCAGGAAGAACUUAAUCAGAAGCCCCCAGUCUUUAAUCAGGCAUUAUCCUUGUUACAAGAACUUAAGGAGGUAAUCAAUAUAUGAUGAAAUGAGUAAAGCAGAAUAUAGAUAAUUUGGUUUUAUCGAUGGUUUGGAAAUGUAAAAUGGCUAUCAUAAGGAGUUUCUGAGCUGACAUUCCGGGUGUUAGCCAUUCAUUAGAGCUGAAUGUCAACUGACUGAUGAUAUUAACAACACUUUUAGUUUAAAAUUCAGGCAGAAAAGGGAAAACUCUAUGACAAAGCUUUUUAUUACAUGUUUGUUGGGGUGUAUUGCAGUUAAGGACAUUUCUGUGGUUAUAAAAGGGUUUAAAAAUAAUAUUAAGUCUACAUGAGGGUAUACAGUCAGGUAAAUUUGCAAGGAGACGAGGGAAAGUAGGGAAGAAUACAUUCAACUUUACACUUAGUUUAGUAAUUUCACAGUUCAGUUCUUUGAACUUGACAUCCAAAAUGACAUUUACUCUGUGCUAUGUCCUGAGGAGGAGUAGGGCCAUGAGAGCCAAAUAGAUUCAGAAAAUUGGAGGACUGACAAAGAGUUUAGUUUAAUUGUGGGUAAAAAGGACCAAUCAUAAAAUACAUAACGACUCAUUUCAGAGUCACAGAUUGUAGUGUUAAGGUGCAGAGUGCCAGCAACACAUAACCUCAAAUAAUUCAGAACACGUCUUUCCUUCCCAGGACACCUACAUGAAAGUACAUCUUGUUAGUGCACAGUGUACUGGGGUGUAGUUAUUAGUAAGUGUAAUGCUAGCUUUGGGGGGCCAUAAUUUUUUGAAGAAUUUAACUUUAACAUGGGGUAGAUUUGUCAUAAUAUUGCUCACAUUUGCCCUGUUGAUUUUACAGAACAUUCUUUCAUUGCUUCUCCCAUAUCAAAAUUCACUCAAAACACACAUCAAUGAAAUGUUGGACCUGGAUCUUAUAAAGCAACAAGCUGAUCAUGGUAUUCUGGACAUCUCCAAACUCGCACAAUCUAUUGUUGGUUUCCUAAGCAAAAUGUGUGCGCCAGCAAGAGAUGAACAAGCCAAAAAGAUCCUAUUGAAUGAAGAUAUUGUGGACCUUUUCAGGUGAGCUGAUAAAAAGUUGGAAAAUAUGAAUUAACAAAAGGCAUGAGUUUGAGCUUGAACCUGUAUUAUUGUUUCCUAUUUUCAUUCAGGGAAGUGUUUAGCUUGAUAGAUGCAAUGAAGGUUGAUAUGGCUAACUUUCAGCUACAGACCAUUAAACCUCAUCUUAUGCAGCAGUCAGUUGAGUAUGAAAGGAAAAAGUUUAAAGAUUAUCUUCAAUCCAAUCCAGGUACUUAAAUUACCUUUUGACUAAAAAUUAUUGAACAAAUAAAGGCAAGAAAAUGCUUGACCUUUUUAGCUUUUCUUGAGUGAGCUAGUCACUAAAAUGGAAAAGUUGUGCAGCCCUGGUUGGAAGAACAGGUUGUGCAGGAAAUGUAUAGAAUAGUACUGUAUCUCUCUUUAAUUUUUCCAGAGAUUCUUUCAUUAUAACUAACAUGCAUAAUGCUCCUAUGGUUCAUGUACUCCUCCCCAUAGAGUUUCCAUCAGUCUAAGGUGGCAUGUUUUUUUGGAACUGUACAGCUACAUUUGAUAGUUUUCUGCCUUCUCUAGGAGGUCUCAUGUCAACUAAAGUUUGGCUAAAACGAGCAGCAGAAGUAGCAACAGGAGUUGGUUUUAGGGCUGCUGCAGAGGUCUCUGCAGAAGCAGUUGACACCACAGACUUCAAACAGAAACUGCAAGAUGCUGAUCUAAUUGAUGUGUUGGUGCAUGGGUAUUUAGGAAUAAUCUUUGGAGAGGCAGGCUGGCCAUUUCCAGAGGUAAUUAAAUGCAAUUUUAUGCAAUGAAGUUUUAGUUUUAUAUCUUUGAGCUACACUUUAGGUAUUCAACGGAAUUCUUAGACUUUCAUGUAACUUUGAUGAUUUCUACUUCAUGAAAAUUUCACUCCUAAUACUUAUGUCAGAAUGCACUGAAAGCAGGUGAAUUCACCCUCCAGUCGCAAUCCACAUCUCAACAGUUUUGUACCAUUUAGCGAAAGAUGUUUUAUUGUCUUUUCACAUGCAUAGGAUAUAAUAAAAAAUUCUUAGUCCUAUGAGGAAUGGAACCUCGGAACUUCAGAUUAUGUGCUUUGAUGCUCUUCUGAGCACUGAGCUACAGAGAACUCUGUUAUGAACUUAGCCACUUGGUUCAUUCUUGCCAAGAGUCCUUGCAUCCUGCUUGGGUGAACAAUAUCAAAUGUCUUGUAUGAGUAAAAAGAACAAGAAAGAUGGCAAACAUUUCUGUUUAUUUCAGGUUAGAAAAUCUUUCUUAUUCUAUUUACUCGCAGACACUUUUGAUAUUGCUGAUGCUAGCUGUAUGCACUAAUAAACCCAGUAAUGACCUAAUUCACCAGAGUCUCUGUGACUUAGUAGUAAUGCGUCAGAGAGCGGAAUCCGAAUGUCUGAGAUUUGAUUCGUCACGGAGACUCUAGUCUUUUUCUGUCUCAUGUCCGUGACAAGAUAAAAAAAAGAAACAUCUUUCACCCCAAUUUAUAAGUCGAUGUCAGAGUGCACAAAAAGUAGGUCGGCGUCCGCGUCUAACAAACUUCUGUGCUUAAGUUCCUUGUUUUUUCGCAGACCUUGAUUAUGGAUGAAUUCCGAUUGGCUGAGAUGAGGUGGAGUGUUCGGCGAACCACUCUGAUUGCAGCUGUGUUGCUGGUGACCCUGAACACUAUAGGUCAGCAGUUAGCCUCAGAUGCGGCAUAUUUAGCCAACCUUAAGGAAGUGCUGUACAUUCUCUUGGAUGGAGUUCCUGAAGGGUAAAGUGAAAUUGGUGCAUUUCUCACAAUAAUCAGAAAAAAUUGACUCUAUGUUAUUCGUCCCACGCUCGUGAAAAGACGAACAAAUACCCUUCUUUUUUUGAUUACCAAGUUUCUAUUUUACUUUAGUUAUUCACGCGACGCUUUCGACAUGCUGCUCCAAGAAGUAUACAGGACGCACGACAUAAGUGAAUCUUUUAAAAGGCCUAGCAAACCAUAAAGUUCUCUAUAGCUCAGUUGUAGAGCAUAACGUGGAAUCCAAAGGUCUGAGGUUGGAUUCUUCAUGGCCACUCAGAUCUUUUUUUGUACCACACUUGUGGAAAGACCCAAAAAAUAUAUAAAUCUUAAUCGUCAACUCGUCUGGGAAAACUUACUUGUGGCUCAUAAUUUACCUUAGUUUAUAUUACUGCAGUGACUUCCCUUCUGCUCUCCCUGGAGUGUAUGAACAGACUGUGCGUGAAACUGAAAAGCUGCUGCAAGAAAGAGGACUGAAUAAACUCACUUCCCAACAAAAGGACCUGCUGAAAGGACAAACAGAAGGAAUCACAUCUUCAGACCACACAGUGUUUAAUUUAAUUAGUAAGUACGUCAAAUUGGUUUCCCCCUCGUUACACCGAGUGUCACCAGCAUUGAACCCUUCAAUUUGCCAUCUUAUCAUUUCAACAUACCACGGCUUCAUCCUGGGCGUCUUUGGCCCAAACAAGGCCCUUUUAACUGGGUGUGGUCUUCGUGGUCCUACCGUUUCAGACUAUCUGUUUCUUGAUUGAACACUGCAAUUCUUUCUGAGAACGCUUAGUCGGAAACUUAACUCAAAUCACCACCAAGACAUUGGUGCUUCCAGCAAGACAUUAGUGCUUCAAGCAAACCCAGAACUCCUGUUUAGAAAAAAUAGGCUCAACUUGCAAAGAUCUCCUUCAAACUUGAAAAGUUUUUUUUUUAUUCUGACACGUCUUUCUUUUUAUUGUUUUUGGACAGCCACACGUACGUACGACUUCAUGUUCAACAGCAUAAAGAGACGAUUUCUUCAAAAGGGAAGCAGAGAGAGCGGGCAAUCCACCCAACCGAGUACCCCUCAGGGUCUAACAAGUGUGAAUACGGAACUGUCCGAGAUUACCGGCAGGUUUUCUCGUGUAGUUGGACACAACUUGGCUGUCUUCGUGCCUUUUUAUGAGGACCUUCUCACUGAGAUAAAAGGCUCUUGACAGUGACUUUUGAUAAUCACGUGGCAUCUUUAGAUACACUUAAUUGGAAUAACUUUGUCUCAGUUGAAAGCAAAAGUGAAAAAUUAAAAAAGUAAAUUAAAAAGGAAUUAUUUUAUAAAAUCCUAAUCAUGAUUAUUCCAGUUUAUCUUAUAUACCACAAUUGUAAAUUAUGCUUAAAAAAAUGAAAGGAGACGUUGGUAAAUGAAUUUAAAUCAACUCAACCUGUUGACGUGAAUUUUCUAAUUGCCUUUUUCAUGUUUGCUUUUUGCAUUUUUCUAGACAAAGUUAUUGUAAUUAAGGUGUAUAUUUAGAAUAGCUAUACCAGAGGACUGGAAUACGCUGUUGCCACUACUUCAAAACGGUUCUUUAGCGCUUUACUCGUAGCCUUUGUGUGAAAAAAAUUUCUUGAACAUAUUUACAUUAUCCAGGUUACACUCUUGUUUAAUAAAUGAUUUCACACUCUUAAAUACACAUUGUGUUCGCACAAGUUUUCCUGAAGGUGAUUCAUGUAAUAAUUUACAUUUUGAUGUGUUUUUGAGGGUUCGCUUUAUCUCAAGUGACUUUUUAAAGAUCAUUUUAUCUUUCACGGCUAUAGAUUCGAUUUCCUACAUCGAAAGUAAGUUACGUUUUAAAAAUUUCAGCGGAGAGACAUUAUACUCACUCCUUUAGAUAUUAUAUUCUGAAGAGGAAUGGUAGUUUACAAAGUUUUAGAUAAUUUAACGUUUUAGAAAUUUCGUGUGAUAUUUUAAAAUAUAAGUUAUCGUGAACUGAAUAAAAAGUGUGCGAAGAGGUUACCAACUCAGAGUGGCCUACUGUGAUAUUGCUACGUCC